AUGGAAGGAGGUGUACUGUCUCCUCAGCACGAAAACAAAAAGAAGCUGUCUCUUUUAUUAGGUCAAAGCAGCAUCCCUACUCGCAGCAGUUUACUGUCUCUUUUAGAGACGAAAGACAUCUUAGCGCAUGCAUCCCCGACUGUUAAACAGCUGUUCUCUCUCCUCGAAGCUGAAUUCACGCCUCUCAAACUAUGCUCUUUAUCUCAGCCUUUACUUGAAGAGCUUGAGCAGCAGCCUUUGCUUGCUCCUUAUGUGGGGUGUCUGAAGAAGGUUGUAUUCUCAAAGCUAGUGCAGCAGCUAUCUCGAGUUUAUGUUUCUUUGUCUGUCGAUCACUUCGUUCAGCAUAUUUGUCCAGCAGAGUUUUUAUCAUGGAAGGAAGCAGAGAAGCUGCUUGUAUCUCUAGCUCAUAGCAGCAGAAGAGGUGCAGCAGCAGCAGACAGCAGCAGCACUACCACCGGGGGAGCAGCAGGGACUGCAGCAGCAGCAGCAGCAGCAGCUGCUGCUGCUGCUGCAGCAGAUGCAGGUGGAUAUACUAUAAGAAUUGAUUAUGCUUCGAAAGCUCUCAUCUUUGCUGAGCCUGACGUCUAUCCUGAGUCCUAUUUGCGUUCUUCUUUAUCAUCUCUUUCGCGUGCACUCCAUACAGCGGUACAGCGUUUGCAGCCGGAGGAGACAGAAGAGCAGCAGCAAGAGAGACAUGCUUAUCAACAAGCAAUGGAGAAGAGACUCAAAGUAGAAGCAGCAAAAAUGAGUGAGCAGCAACAGCAGCAGCAGCAACAGCAGCAGCAGCAACAGCAGCAACAGCAGCAGCAACAACAACAGCAAACACAACUAUGGUACGAGCGACUGUGGCGGACGAAUCUGCGGCGUUUGGAGCGCCAAGAAGAGCAGCAAAAGUUAGAAGAAGAACGAAGACUCAGAGAAGCAGAGCAGAGAAGAGUCGAAGAGAAACAAGAGAGAGAGAGACGCGAAGAAGCAUCAAAAAGAAGAGUAGAGCAGCGACAACAAGAAGAAAGAAUAAAGAUAAGAAGUGAGACAGCAGCUUUAAUGCUAAAAGAAAUACAAAGAAUCGGCGGAAGAGACAGCAAAAUUAAAAUCAAAGGCAAGCAACUUACUGAUAUUAAUAUUCAAGACGUCUUAGAAGGUCAUGUCGACUAUGACGAUUUAGAGAAGGCACAACGAUUACAGCUUCAAAACGAGCGUCUGCUGAGGGUUCGGCAGCGACGUAUGAAUCUAAAGAAGGUCUGUCAUUACAUACGGGCAUGCAGAGAAGCCGAGCUGCCGCUGCUGCAGCAGUGGGCUGCAGCACAACUUGAGCACGACUCGCAGAUUCUUGUUCAGCUACAAAACAAGCAUGAAGAAGAGCACCGUGCUGCUUUUGCUGCUGCACUUGAAGAAAAAGCAGCAUUUGAAGGUAUUCAAGAAGAUAAAGAGCUUUGGGUGUCUCGGCAGCUGCAGCAGCGUCAGGAGCAGUUUGCUGUUGCUGCUGCAGCGCAGCGGGAGCGCCUUAUUCAAAUGCUGCAGCUUCAGAAGAUACAGAGAGCAAGAGAAAGAAGAGAUGAAGAGAUUAAAAGACAGAAAAGAUUAGAAGAAGAAAGAAGAAUCGAGGCAGAACAGAAGCGUCAGAUGGAGGAGAUGGAGAGGCAAAAGGCAGAAGAAGAAGCGAAGCAAAGACGGCUGACAGAGAUGGCUGAGAAACAAAGACUCAGAGAACUCGAAAUCGAAGCGAAGCAUGGGUUGGCGAAUCGGGAGAGCAGCAAACGAGGAGACAGUUUGUCUCUAAGUAGAAAGACAGAUUCACCUGCAAGCGGAAGCAGCACUCAGCAGCUGUCUCCUUCCGCCCCCAAAGAGCAGCAGCAGCAGCAGCAGCAGCAGCAGCCGCAGCAGCAGAUAGAAUGGAGGCGAACAACACCUUUAAAUUCGCCAGAUAAAGAGACACCCCCUAAAGGGAGACAGGAGACAUUCUUUCGCAGAGGAGACAGACCUGCUGCUGCUGCUGCAGCAGCCGGAACCGGCGAGGUGCUCAACUGGAGGAACAUGAACAGGGGGGACAAGCAGCAGCAGCAGCAGCAGCAACAGCAGCAGCAGCAACAGCAACAGGCAGAAUCACCUGCACCCGAGGAUGAGGGAUUCACACCUUGGCGCCGCAGGAAGUAA